UGUUAUAUUUAUCUAUGAUCUUUGUUGUCAGGUCUAGAUUAGGAUUAUGGAUUAUUUAUUGUUUUACCAUACUCCUAUUUUGUUCUAUUCAUUCUUCAAUUUAAGUUUUAUUCAAUUCAAUUUCGUUUCUGUUGUGGCCAGUCGACAUUUUAUUAUGUUUAUGUAGAAGGAAAAAAUAAUUUUUUGCUUCGAAUUUUAUCUGUGCAGUAACUCUGAGACUAAAUUAUAAAUAAAUCUGAUUGUACCAAAUGUCUUUUGACAAAUGUAUAUGCCCACCACUAAUAACACUGUGGUUGACAAAAAGAAACUUUCAAAAUUUCAAGCUCACACAAGAAGCGUGGAUUUGAAUGAAACAAGUGUGAGCAGCCAAAAAACUUCUAAUGCAAGUUUUCUCAAAAUAGGCCCUGCUAUUCCUUCAGAUGAAAGAAAAAAAUUAUAUAAACGCUCCAAUACAUCGUUGAAUUUGGGAGCUGUUACACAGACUUCUAAUACCCAAUAUCUAUAUGACUUUGUUAUCUUGAAACCUGACCAAAAUGGUUCAAUCAUUAUAUCACGAUCUCAAAAGCAGAAAGAAAAAGACCCUGAUAGAAUUACUCUUGAUAGAAAGGGUCUUGUUAGUAUUCCAUUAAUAGAGGGAGAGGAAAGAUUAAGAUUAUUAUCACUGCAACACAAUCUUAUUACCAAUUUAGAACAUUUUAAGUGUCAGAGCUUUCCAUAUUUAGUAUUCUUAGAUUUAUAUGAUAAUCAGCUGGAAAAGGUUUGUGGUUUAGAAAAUAUCGAAAAUCUCAGGGUUAUUUUAAUGGGUAAGAAUAGAUUGAAAAAAAUUGAUGGAUUCCAAUGUCUCAAGCAAAUUGAAGUAUUAGAUCUUCAUGGAAAUAAAAUAACUCAAAUUAGUGGCCUUUCAAAUUUGAAUAAGUUGAAAGUUUUGAAUUUAGCAGGCAAUCAGAUUCGAGUUAUAGGUGCAAUGGAUUUGAAUGGUUUAACAGCUUUACAGGAAUUGAAUCUGAGAAGAAAUAGAUUGAAAAAAUUGUUGGGUUUUGCUGAUACUCCAAAUUUGAUGAAAUUAUUUCUGAGUAAUAAUGAGCUCAAAAGUAUUGAGGAUAUCAGUAGUCUUGCCCAAUCUGCAAAAAUUAAAGAAAUAAGUAUAGAAAAUAAUCCAAUAUUGCUUGGAGGAGAUUGUAUUUCCUUUCUUGUAUCCUACCUACCUCAGUUAUUAAAAUUGAAUUCAAUGCAAAUAAAUGAACAAGUUAAAAAAGCAGCAAUGGCUUGGAGAAGGAAUAAAGAAACAACAAAUACAGCAUUCAUGGAUUUAACAAGUGAUGUUUGCCUCAACGUAAAACGGGAAGAGGUCAUUUCAAAUGCUAGAACUAACUGGGAAUUGCUAAGAUCACAAACACGAUGUUUAAGCACUAAAGUUAGUGGCAUUCCAAAGGUAUUGAAAAAUUUGCAGCCAGAUACAGAUUUUUUCUUGACUCCUAUCACCAAAUCAGAAAUCAAACAUCACAGCAAAUUAAGAGUGAAGAAUUUAAAAGUCUCUGUUCUACCAGAUAAAAAAUUACAGCUGAUAAGGAGCUCUUCUCAAGAUACAGAAAGUUUGCAGAAUACCUCCUCAUGUAGUAUUUCUAUUAAUGACUACUUCAAGUUACCACCAAUACUUGUUCCGAUAAUUACUAAAAUGGAACAAGAAACCAACAGACUCAGGAGAUCUGGCAGCCUCUCAAGUUUAUUUGAAAAUUUUGAUAGGUCAUCCUAUUCUUGCUACAGUCAAACUAGUAACACCUCUACUGAUGAAGAAGAAAUUGAAGAGGAUGGUGACUUUCUACAGAAAAAAGAUUUCAAUCAUAAAUCUUAUGAUUUUGCAGAUGAUGGUUUAAUUGAAGAUGUUGAAAAGUGUUCUCCAAUAUCAGAGAAAGAAGCAAAAAAUACAUUAAACACUGAUUCAUCCAGCAACCUAUCCUCAUCUCUCUCAAGUAUAACUCUGCCUAAUAAUUUGGAAGGAGAAAGUAUUUCAUUGAAAAAAUCAGAAAGAAAUAUUAGGAGUGCUCAUCCUUCCAAAUCUUCUCAAGUCCUGAAGCUGAAAGCAAGAGCUUCAACUGCUAAGCCAAAGAAACGAUUUUCACCUCCAGUAGUAACUAAGGAUAGGGAACAAGGUGGGGACUACUUGAUAGAAAUUUGUGGUAGAUAUCUGAAUAUUUAUGGACAAGGGGCUCUUCGAUUCAUAGAUAAGAGUUGGAAUGUUUCCAAAGCAGGAGAUAUAAUUACGGCAAAAUUCAAUUACUUGAAUUUCAAUAACAUUGUUGGAGCAUUGCAUAAAUUGAAAGUGAGGUUUCCCAAUGUUGAAAAAUUUGUUUUCAAAGAAACCAAUAUUCAUUGUUUAGGGCAACUCAAUGCUUUAGCUGAAGCUCAGGGAUUAUCUUCUUUGUUUAUUGAAGAGGAAGGGAAUCCUAUUUAUUUGAAAAAAUGGAGGACCUAUGCCAUUUUUAGGUUGUCACAUUGGGGGCUCAAAUAUAUUAACGAUGUUGAGGUUACAAAAGAAGAAAUUGAAGAAGCCAAUAUAGAAUAUCAAAGUUUGAGUGAUAUGGUUUUAUGGUCAUUACCAGAUAUACAAUUGGAGCCAUUAUUAACCAGACUAAGGAUAGAUAUAAAACAGUCGGAGCAAACUGCAAAGAAAUGGUUAUUAUCUGCAGAUCCAGAAUUGAAAAGUGUAGUUAGUAAAGAAGCACUUCAAUGGAAAAAAAGAACCACUCCACAGGAAGAUUUAGUGAUAAGACAGAAAGCAAAAAUUCACAUAUCAUCUUUACUAGAAGAGAUGAGUCACACUGUACACAAAUUACGUUUAUUAGACCAUCAAGGGCCUUCAAUUAUACAUGAAAUCGUUUGUAAUACUUUAUUAGACUACUCACACAUGGAUUUGUAUAUGAAGCAAAAACUUCAGGAACUGAUGAAUAUAUGAAGUUCAACACUGCCAUAUAUUUGUAACGAAUUAUUUUUUCAAUUUUUAUUAUCUAGUUUUAAGCACAACAAAUUAAACGAGUGUUGGUAGCUCAUGAUGUUCUUGUUGAUUUUUUUCAAUAAAAUACUUGUGAUAUA